CGGUAAAAGCACUUUGUGUCUUCUGUCAGGUUGAAGGUGGGUCGCAGGGUUCGUGGAGCAGACGUGUCCUUGUGUCCUUUCGUAUCUCCCCUUCCCCCUCCCUGUGUGUUCCCCCUGUGUGUCACUGACCCCGCAACCCCACCCCAUCUGAUCCCCUGCACCGUGUCACCACUCCGACCCGAAUCCGCCCUCUCAACCCAUGCUUGGGACAAAGCCAGCUCACUGCCAGCCCAAUGACUGCCUGGAUCGUCCUGCCGGUCAGCCUGUCUGCCUUUUCCAUCACAGGAAUAUGGAUAGUGUACGCCAUGGCCGUAAUGAAUCACCACGUUUGUCCUGUGGAGAACUGGUCCUACAAUGUAACCUGCACAGAGGAGUUGCUCCGGCCAGGCUUCCCCAAGACCUGUUGCACCAUCCAGGACAUCCCCCUCAUCAGUAAAUGUGGUUCUUAUCCCCCCGAAAGCUGCCUGUUUAGCCUCAUCGGCAACGUUGGAGCCUUCAUGGUGGUGAUGGUGUGCCUUCUGCGCUACGCCCAGGUGAUCGAGCACAGCCACAGAUGUUGGGUCAACACCAGCGCUCUGGUGUCGGGCUGUACCAACGCGUUGGGUCUGGUCAUGGUGGGCAACUUCCAGGUUGACCACGCCAAGUCUCUUCACUAUGUGGGCGCCGGCGUGGCCUUUCCAGCGGGGCUGCUCUUCGUGUGCUUGCAGUGCGUGCUCACCUAUCGGGUGGCCGUCACUGCCCUUGACUACUGGAUGGCCCACUUCCGCGUGGCUCUGGCGCUCGGAGCAAUGGUCUCCCUGGUUCUCAGCGGCAUCUUCUUCGUGCACGAGAGCUUCACGCUGCAGCAUGCCGCAGCCAUCUGCGAGUGGGUCUUCACCGUGGACAUCCUGGUCUUCUACGGCACCUUCACCUACGAGUUCGGCACGGUCACCGGCGAGACCAUGAUGGCCGGCCUGCAGCAGUGUCUCCGCCAUGGCUCGGGGGUGAUCUUGGGCCCCGGGGCCCGGGACUCCACGCUGAGCGGGGCGACCAAGAGUCUCAAGUCCCCCGGAGGGAGCAGCACGUCCACACACCUCAACUGUACCACCGAGAGUAUAGCCAUGUUGUAGCUCUACGCGGAGGAGCUCCGCGGUUGCCUGCCACAUGGAACGAUGACUGAGGUAGCAUGCCAAGAGAGACUCGUUCUGUUUUAUAACAAAUUCAACCAACACCCCUCUGUAUUCGCGGUCAUAUCUGUUUCUCCAUUCCCCCCCCCCCCCCCCCCCCAACAAGGUGCUUGAUUGAUGAGCAGCUGCAGUCUGCUGUCCUUGUGCAGUGUUACAGGAAUUUAAGGAAGUCAUACGAAAAGUGAAUUACUACACACCCCGUGACCAACAAGUGCCCCAACUGGCAGGUUUUGUGAGUUAAAAUAUGGCCAGUGAAGUGACAGACACACAAUCACGCUUCGCUUUCAUCCAUUUACUGAACACUACAAACUGUCUGACUAACUUGCCAUGAUGUCACUCACUAGGCCACACUUCUUACUUUGGCUCGUUGUAGCAUCCAGUCAUUCCACUAUUCCAAUAUUGGAAAGUGAGUUACCAGGUGGUUACUCACUGCACCCUAUACCUGUGGUCCCCAACCACCGGGCUGCGGACCGGUACCGUGCCACAGGCCUCCCUAGACCAGCUUGCGGCGGGCCGCGCAGAUGUAAGAACCUUUCACUACUUCCAGUUUAUUUAUUAUCCAAGGCUGAAAAAUAUUUAUUUUGAAAGGUAACCAGAUUCUCUGUUACAUCCUUCUGUGAGAGACUCUUUGUCGCAUGUCAAGAUGCUAGAUGUCUUGGUUGCGUAACGCUAAAAUUAAACACGAUUGUAAAAUGAGUACAGAAAAUGAAGACCACACCCAAAGCCGUUCUGCACAAUAAUAUUUUUUGAUUUAGAAUUUUGGUGCAUUUUCAUACACUUCAUGUUAUGUGGUGCCUUUCAGCAGGACACUGCUAAUAUAGUUACAUAAAAAUGUGGCUUGAUGUAUGUUGUUAUAUGUACGAAAUACCCCCCCGCCCCCUUUUUUUUAUUGUAUUUUAUUUGAUUUUUUCUUGUGUCAUUCAUACACCUUAUUUAUUCUGUUUGUCUCUUGCAUGUUUGAGUUACCAUAGUGACCACGUUAAAGCGUUGAUUUUAUCCAUGUGAUUGCAUUGGUGCUUCUAGUAAAGGUGCCGUACAUAAAAAUCCACACAGCACAUUCAUGUUUGUUGUCCCCAAUCCCGCCCCACGGUUGCCUAUCCACAAUAAUUAUGAACUUGUAUGAACCGGUCCGCAGCAAAAAAAAAAAAGGUUGGGGACCACUGCCCGAAAAAAUGUCCUCAAGUCCAGCUGUAAAACAAAAUGGGGAACGUGCACCGCGGAAAUAUCUCAAAUUGGUUUUAGUUCAGUUAGUUUGAGAAUAACACCUCCGCCACCCCAAAAAGGCCUUUUACUCUUUAAUGACCAAUUCGUUGCAUAACAUUUUGUAUGGCAUCUUUCACUGAAUGUCUUCAGGAUGGUUGCUGAUAUGAUGUUUUCACUUUUAGAUUUUCUGAAUGAAAUGUGCGUGUCUAUUAGCAGGAUGAUGCAUGUCUUGAAGCAUAUUUUUUCAAAGCUGGUGGAAGGUUGAAUCAUGGACCUUGAACCAUUUUAGAUAGAAUUGGACAACAUUCCACUGUGGUGUUUGGAUUGCUUACCGCUAAGGUGUUUUGAUCCAUAGUUGGACAACUGGGUUGCCUUGAUUUGAGAAGGUUUUUUUUUUUGCUUUUUGUUUUUAAAUAGUUUUUGAAAGUUUCCCCACUUCAUGGAUUUCUGCACAAAUCGGAGCAUCCAAUCAAUGUUUGUGUCGUCAAACAAUUCUGAAUGUUGACGACAGUUAACAGGCUUGUUUUACUCUCAAGCUUUAAUGAUGGCACAUCCAAAAUUAAUUAACUGGAUCAUAGUUUCUAAUCCGAACACUCUGAAUUCGAAGCCUUUUUUGUAACAUUGACCAUUGAUCAGCUCGGCUGCCCUUGUGAGCAGAUGGAACCAUGAUGGCCCGUUAGCUGCAUGAUUGUUUCAUUUUACAUUUAGGACAUGCACACACUCGCAUAUGAAUCGUGAUUGAGCCUAUCGUGGUUUUAGAAUUAGACCAAUCUCCGAAUGAGCGUGAGUACAAGGCGUGUUUCAGUCCACCAGUGACCCAAACUGGACAAUUCAAACCGAUAAAAUACCAGAAAAGUUCGGCACGUUCUCAACAAUUAUACACUUUGCCCGUGCUUACGGAGUUUCACACAUUUGAAUAUUUUCAUCCAGGGUUGCUGUCAUUUCCUACUGUACCGUGUACUGAUGGCAGUUGGACAGUUAGGGGAUCUGAUUCAAAUCGGAUCAUUACCGGGCUUCUGCAGAGCUCGCGGAUGAGCUGAUCAUUUGAAUCAGAUGUGUUGGAGAGAAACAUCCAAAACAUGCCGGACCGGGGCCCUCGCGAAUCGGAGUUGGUGACUGUUGCUUUACAGCCAUUUGAAUGAAAUUGCGCCAGACUUCACUCGUGUUUGUUCUUUUUAAUCCCAAUCUUACCUGUAGACAAACAUAUACCCGGUCGUUGUACUGUUGAUUUAUUUGAUUUUUGCCAAGCAACGACAAUAUUGCAUAGUGUCCGUGUUAGCCAACCAAAUGACUCUUAAAAUGAGAAAGUACCCAGUGCGUCUGUUAUGACUUCUUGCCAUCUGAAAACGACUACUGCGGUAAAGCUUCUCCAGUCACCUGCAAGUUUUGACCCGUUUUCAGUUUGAGCUCGGCUGCACCUUGUUGACACUUUUUAGUUUGAUGGCUCCAUUUUGAACAUAUGAUUGACAGACUCGAGGUACUCUGCUCACCGCCGUUGGUUGUCCAGUUCAUUCUUGUUUCUUGAACGCUGGGGAUCAAGAUAGAGGUGCGUGCUUCAGUCGUGUCUCACGCCUCUUGCCAAUUUGUUGUUGUUUUCUGAUGUUUUUAAAAAGUACACACAUUUAUGAAUAAACAGAUUUAGCCUUAUCCCUUAUGAAGGGAACACAUUUCCUUUGUUUGGGUCUUUGCGUUGAGCCUUAACCAUGUUGACUAUUUUGAAACCAAAUUCACAUGGUGUGACUUUGACAGGCAGCUUGUCCGAUUCAUCACAUUAAUGUUGGAUUUAUUAUUCUGUGUCAGCAUCAAUACAAUAUGCCAUGUGCACAUAAGUGCAUUCAACACUGGAUUUUAACUUUUUUUUUGGGAGCGGGGGUGUAAAAUGUACACCAAAGUCCCUAUUUUUUUGUGGGGGGGCAUGGCAUGGGCUCCAGCUCAGCUGUAACCCGAGUGAGGACAUCAACAUACAAAAUAAAUGACUGCUGUGAACUAUCACGUACACAAAAUGAAGUGAUCACUUCAUUUUGACUCGUGUCAAAUGAGAUACCCCCCCCCCCUCCCAAAUGCACACUUUUUAAAAAUUGUGUAAAUAUGUAUGCUAUGUCUAUCAUUUAGGUCUUUUAAUUUGAAAGAGAUUUAUAUUCAAAUAUGAAAUAAAAUUUUAAAUGAUGA